GCGUGGCGCCUUCGGCCGGUGCAGCGAGCAAAGUGUUUGGUAGGCUGUCGACGAGGUGGCAUUCAACGAAGAUGGACGUUCGUGGACGUGGCGACGGUCUGCGUGAAGAGGAGAGAGACGCCGUAGCGAUGGUCGUGACUGCUGUCGUCUUGAAUAGCAUGAGCGAAAUGUCGUCCUCCACCCGCGACAUGCGUUUGCAGCUUCGUAAACAGAGAGCGCUGUUGCAGAGCAUUGUGGAAGCGCCGGAUUGUGUGGGGACGUGCGAAGCUGUAGUGCAGAUGUGUUCCGCUCUCGACUCUGGCGUUUUCCCACGCCAGACAUCUCGUUGGUGGAUCAAACGACGCUCUGGCGGGACAUGGGAGGACCUACGGCUGUCUGACGACACCACAGAGGACUACUACAAGGAGAAGCUGCGUAUGUCGAGGGCGAUGUUCAACCAGAUUGUAGCCGCCUGCGCCGUGCACGUGGAGAAGAUUGUCACGCACUACAGGAUGUCGCUGCCAGUCGAGCAGCUGAUCGCUUUCACGUUGUACAGAUGGGCGUCGAGGGAAACGUACGAGAGCGGGACGUCAGCCUUCGGUAUCGGCAGGGCGACCGGCCUGCAGGAUGUCUGCGACGUCACUGCGGCGCUUCUAAACACCUACCCCGACACGAUCAAGUGGCCUAUUGGGCGUAGACGUGUGCAGAUUCUACACGCGUUCCGAGAUAAGGGUUUCCCGAACUGCUUCAGCGCCAUCGAUUGCACCCAUAUCUACAUUGACAAGCCAGCAGGAGCACAGUCCGACAACUACUACGACCGCAAACAGAAGUUCUCCGUCCAAGCACACGUCGUCGUCGAUUUGGAUUUGUGUAUCUUGGACGUCCACGUCGGAUACCCGGGAAGUGUCCACGAUGUUUGUGUACUGCACAAUUCCAAUGUGUGGAGGCGUGCGGAAAGCGACGGCCUUUUCGGUGCACCUCCGGAGAAUCUCCCACACGGUGUGGUUACGCGAGGUUACCUGCUGGGCGACAACGGCUACCCGGUUAAGUGCCCAUGGGUCAUCCAGCCGUACGGAGGAAUCUUCCAGGGUCCGGACGAAGAGCGUUUUGACACGCGGCAGAAGGUGGCGCGGGGGGGUGUGUAGAGGGCAUUUGGGCGACUGAAGUGCAUGUGGCGUCUCUUUUUGCGCACCCACAAGACGAACCUUCAGACCUU